AUGUCUACUGAUCUUGAGCUUCAUAUACCCCUCCACGUCAAAUACAUUCAGUCACUGGGAAAGAGCAAAGAUGAUCUCAUGUACCACCUUACCGCCCAUCUGCGUAUGAACGCGAUCUACUGGGGCCUGACGGCUCUCUGUAUCAUGAAGCACAAGGAUGCGCUGAGUCGAGAGGAGAUGAUAGAAUUUGUAAUGAGCUGUUGGGACGACGAGGCAGGCGCAUUCGGCGCACACCCGGACCACGACGCACACAUACACUCUACGCUGAGUGCGAUUCAGAUACUCUGCGUGCAAGAUGCUAUGGACAGACUGGAUGUCGACCGGAUCACGAAGUUCAUCCUGUCGCUCCAGAAGCCCUCGGGAGUGUUUGCUGGCGACAAGUACGGCGAGGUCGACAGCCGCUUUUCCUAUAUCGCCGUGAACGCCCUCGCUCUCCUUGGCCGGCUGCACGAGCUUGACACUGAGAAGACCGUCGACUACAUACGUCGAUGCAAGAACUUCGACGGAGGAUUUGGCGCGGUCAUCGGCGCGGAGAGUCAUGCAGCCCAAGUCUUCGUCUGCACUGCUGCGCUGGCGAUCCUCGACAGGCUCGACGUAAUAGAUCAAGACACACUCGCGUGGUGGCUCGCCGAACGUCAACUACCAAGCGGCGGUCUCAAUGGACGACCAGAGAAGCUCGAAGAUGUCUGCUAUAGCUUCUGGGUGCUCUCUGCACUGUCGAUCCUCAAGAAGGUCUCGUGGAUAGAUGCGGACAAGCUGAUGCAGUUCAUUAUCUCGGCCCAGGAUCCGGAUAAUGGUGGGAUUGCAGACCGGCCAGGCAACCAAGCUGACGUGUUCCACACCCAGUUCGGAGUCGCAGGACUAUCGCUGCUAGGAUACCCAGGAUUGGAUGACCUUGAUCCGGUAUUUUGCAUGCCCGCAAGCGUGAUUGAGGCAAGAGGAUUGAAGAAGGGCUGGCAAGCACUACCUCGCCAGCCGACGUUGUAG